CUCGUCACCGGGACGCCCCCUGAAAGAGGGAUGGAGGCGUGAACACGUGAAUCAGACUCGGGCUACAGCCGCUUGUGCUCCUUCUCCCCGGGCCACUUGACAAACCGGACACCGUGAACGUACUGCGAGGUCGACUGCCCUUUGAACACCACCGUCUCGUGUAUAAUCUACACCGAGGCUAGCACAGACGACAUAUAGAGUUAAGAGCGAUGUCGUACCCAGUCAGCUUGCCCAGCGAGAACCCGCUUGUUACGGUCACCCAUCCGACGCCUGCCCUAUGGGUGCUCGAAAUGCACAAUGGCGCAGACAGCCGCCUGACGGAGACAUUCAUCCUCAAGGCUUUCAAGCCCGCACUUGACAUCGUGGAGAGGCACUGGCGCGAGAACUGGCGCACUGGCCAGGCGAAGAAAGACGAGAAGUUGUGCAAGGGUGCGCUCAUUAUUGUCGGGAACCGCAAGCAGGACAAGUUCUUUAGCAAUGGCCUGGACUUUGCGGGUGCCAGCAAGGACCCUACCUUCAGCACGAAUUUCUUCCCAGUGAUAUUCAACCCGAUGCUGCAUCGUCUUCUUACCUUCCCGAUCCCCACCAUCGCUGCGGUCAACGGGCACGCGUUUGCAGGAGGCAUGGCCCUCGCCAUGGCCUGCGACUACCGUGUCAUGUCCGACGGCAGCAAGCGCAAUGCCUGGCUAUGCAUGAACGAGAUUCACUUCGGCGCGACCCUGCCCCUCUCACUGGUUGCUGUCUUGAAAGCCAAGUCGCCGAACCCGCAGACACUCCGCAAGAUCGUCUUGGAGGGGCACCGCUUCACGCCGAGCGAGUGUCUGUCGCUCGGGCUCGUCGACCGCCUUGCCGCCGGGAACACCGAGGGCAUCGUCGCGGAGGCGCAGGCGCUCGCUGAGAGCAUCGACUCCCUCCCGAAGCUGGGCGUGUGGGGCGUGAACAGGCGUGAGCUGUACAGGGAUGCUAUUGAGGCGCUGUCCAAGGACGUGCUCAUCGUGGGCAACCUGGCCGACGACGCAGCAGCGAAGGCGCGGCUGUGAUCCUCGAUGCCUCUGGCCACCGCAGCGUAGGACGAGCCUCGCGCUCUUAUAAAUGGACGCCGUUUCUUCGCCAUGACCGUGCGUGCCUAUUAUUGGUAGAUGUAAUAUCGUAGCAAUAGUUUAGCCUGUGUUCCUACUUUCCUCGUUCGCCAGGCUACAGUCGUUUGCAUAAUAAACUGCAGUGUCGCGCGCCGCGAGAGCCUAUUUGUU